CCUUUAUCUGAGCCAGCUCUGCUGGGAACGGAUCCUUGUAGCCUGGAACACCCCAUACUCCUUUAACUGAGGCCUCUGGGCCUCCCAGAGGACCAGGAGUUAGAAAGGAGGUCGGACAGUCCUUGCUGGCCCCCUGGGGAGAGAGGAAGUUCCCUGCCUGCUCCCAGGCCCAGGAGGAGCUGGGCCAGUGGUAGUGGGGUCCUGGCCCCCGAGGCAGCAGCGGCCAUGUCACGGCCAGGCCAGGGUGUCAUGAUGCCCGUGAACGGGCUGGGCUUCCCACCGCAGAACGUGGCCCGGGUGGUGGUGUGGGAGUGGCUGAACGAGCACAGCCGCUGGCGGCCCUACACGGCCACCGUGUGCCACCACAUCGAGAACGUGCUCAAGGAGGACGCCCGUGGUUCCGUAGUUCUGGGGCAGGUGGACGCCCAGCUGGUGCCCUACGUCAUUGACCUGCAGUCCAUGCACCAGUUUCGCCAGGACACAGGCACCAUGCGGCCCGUGCGGCGCAACUUCUACGACCCGUCGUCGGCGCCGGGCAAGGGCAUCGUGUGGGAGUGGGAGAACGACGGCGGCGCGUGGACGGCCUACGACAUGGACGUCUGCAUCACCAUCCAGAACGCCUACGAGAAGCAGCACCCGUGGCUCGACCUCUCGUCGCUGGGCUUCUGCUACCUCAUCUGCUUCAACAGCAUGUCGCAGAUGAACCGCCAGACGCGCCGGCGCCGCCGCCUGCGCCGCCGCCUGGACCUCGCCUACCCGCUCACCGUCGGCUCCAUCCCCAAGUCGCAGUCGUGGCCCGUGGGCGCCAGCUCAGGCCAGCCCUGCUCGUGCCAGCAGUGCCUGCUGGUCAACAGCACGCGCGCCCCCGGCGGCGCGCCCACCCCGGGGCAGAACAACCUCAACCGGCCGGGGCCCCAGCGCGCCACCAGCGUGAGCGCACGCGCCUCCAUCCCGCCGGGGGUCCCUGCGCUCCCGGUGAAGAACUUGAAUGGAACCGGGCCGGUCCACCCGGCCCUGGCAGGGAUGACCGGGAUCCUGCUGUGCGCGGCCGGCCUGCCCGUGUGCCUGACGCGGGCCCCCAAGCCCAUCCUGCACCCGCCGCCCGUGAGCAAGAGCGACGUCAAGCCGGUGCCUGGCGUGCCCGGCGUGUGCCGCAAGACCAAGAAGAAGCACCUCAAGAAGAGUAAGAACCCCGAGAAUGUGGUGCGAAGGUACAUGCAGAAGGUGAAGAACCCGCCUGAUGAGGACUGCACCAUCUGCAUGGAGCGGCUGGUCACAGCCUCUGGCUACGAGGGUGUGCUUCGGCACAAGGGCGUGCGGCCCGAGUUGGUGGGCCGCCUGGGCCGCUGCGGCCACAUGUACCACCUGCUGUGCCUCGUGGCCAUGUACUCCAAUGGCAACAAGGAUGGCAGCCUGCAGUGCCCGACCUGCAAGGCCAUCUACGGGGAGAAGACGGGCACUCAGCCGCCCGGGAAGAUGGAGUUCCACCUUAUCCCCCACUCGCUGCCUGGCUUCGCCGACACCCAGACCAUCCGCAUCGUCUACGACAUCCCCACAGGCAUCCAGGGCCCGGAGCACCCCAACCCAGGCAAGAAGUUCACCGCAAGAGGCUUCCCACGCCACUGCUAUCUGCCCAACAACGAGAAGGGCCGGAAGGUGCUGAGGCUGCUCAUCACAGCCUGGGAGCGGAGACUCAUCUUCACCAUCGGCACGUCCAACACCACGGGCGAGUCCGACACCGUGGUGUGGAACGAGAUCCACCACAAGACGGAGUUCGGGUCCAACCUCACGGGCCACGGCUACCCGGACGCUAGCUACCUGGACAACGUGCUGGCUGAGCUCACGGCCCAGGGCGUGUCCGAGGCUGCGGCCAAGGCCUGAGGCUGCCCACCUUCCCUCCUGCUUUGCCAGCAUACACGUCCCUCUGCCGGGUGUGUCCUGGCGGCCCAGGGUCAGGGCUGGGGAGGAGCCUGCGGAAGGAGCCAGAAGCAUUCCAGGGAUUUAGCUGGUGGCAGUUAGGGUGAUGGGAGGCCGGCUCGGACCCGUACCUCCCUGAGAGGGGUGGCAGAGAGGGUACUGGAAACCACGGCAACCUCCGUCCUCCCUCACGCAAACACACGUGUCCUGGUGAACACACGCACGCACACCCACGUGCCUCUACUUACCCCCAAGCUGGGGGAAGAGACAGGAAGACCCCUGUGACACUCCGUGUGGACCCCAUCUGUGUCUCUGUCGCAUCUGUACAGGCUUGUCUGCCAGCAGGAGGAUUCAGGUCACGCACUCGGGCCUGCUGGGGCUCCCGGGGGGGAACGGGGCGCUUGGGACGUUCAGCCUACCCCCAUCUCUGUCACCGGUCUCUGCCACCCACUGAUGGGCAGUUGUGGGCCCAUGGGGUGGAAGCCUCAGAUGACUGAGCAGUUUUGCAAAGGGGCAGGCCACGGAGAGGGGGACUAGAGGUAUCUUAUUUUGUGCUUGUGUCUCUGCAUCCUCCUGGGACCCUGACCUCCUCCCCUCCCCUCCCAUCCCCACGCCUUAUGUCUGUCCCAGAUAAGGCCCUGUUCU